AUGCGAAGCUCCUUUGUUGCCGCGCCAGCUUUGCUGGGCAGUGUUGCUGCUCUCUCCAACUCGACGACCAUCGCAUCGGUGCCUUCGUCGACUGAGCCGUGUGCUGCUGUCAGCGCUGCUUGGGCUUCUCAGCAUGCUGCUGCGCCCACAGUCACGCCGACUGUGCCUGCUCAGCUGGCUUACGACUGUCUGAACUCAGUUCCCCUAGGCAAGCAGGAGGCCAUUGACUUGGUCGACUCAAUCGUGCCUUACCUCGAAUGGCAGAGCGACGCUACGUACAAGGCCGAUCCCCCUGCCGACUAUGACUUCCCAGCCUACGACAUGUUCGCUGCCUUGGAGAAGGUCCGAAGUAACCUCGAAGCCGACGUCUACACCAGCGAGUACGCUUUCCAAUCUGCUCUGUACAAUGAAGUCUUUGGACCUGGGCAUGAUGGUCACUUCGUGUACUAUCCGGACCUCUUGACUGCUGUUUUCGAGUGGACCCGCGAGCGUGCGCUCGUCUCCAUUAGCGAGGAUGGCUCAUCCCUGCCAGUAAUUAAGAUCUAUGAGGAGGUUGUUUCGUCUCCAGAGACUGCUUCCGAGGUUAAGCUUAUCAACGGAAUUGAUGCCGCUACAUACCUCGAUGAGACCAUCAACAAGGCGAACUGGAACCGCGACGCUGACUCCGCAUACAACUCUGUCUUUUUCGAGCAGUCUCUGUAUGCCACAACCGGUGGAAAGGGAUACUUCAGCUCAGGCGGUCGCAUUCGUUAUGUCUACCAAGGCGCCAACACCACGAUCACGUUCGCAAACGGCACGGAAGUCACCUUCGAGAACCAUGCUACCGUUAAGAAGGCUUUGACUGGAGUUGUUGACGGUCCUUCUUUCUACGCAAAGUUCUGCAACCCGCUGAGCCCUGCUGUCGACGCUCCCUCAAGCACAACUCCAUCCACCGGUUCUGGCUCUAGUGACCUCCUUCCGGGAUACCCGUCCCCAAUUGUCACCACCCCCGAUGGAAUCGUCUCUGGAUACUACCUCGAGGGCGAAGGCCUCGAUGACGUUGCUGUCAUUGUCCUCACUGCUUUUGAGAGUGAGAGCCCCGCGGAGUUCCAGGCCGCCGCUCGCGACUUCUACACGGCCGCUCUCGCCGCCGGCAAGACCAAGCUCGUGAUCGACUUCCAGCAAAACGGCGGUGGCUACAUUCUCCAGGGCUACGACUUCUUCCGUCAGCUCUUCCCCCACACUGUCCAGGAGGGCAACUCCCGCUGGAAGGAGAAUGAUGGCUUCAACGCUGCGGCUGAAAUCGUUUCUCGCAUCUCCAACGAGCCCAAUGCCACCAAUAACGCCAACAUUGACCUGGUCACCAGCUACUCUGAGUCCUGGUUCAACUGGCGCUACGACUACAACAUCUUAAACGAAGGCUUCAGCUCGUUCGAGGACAAGUUCGACCCCCAGGUGUUCCAGAACACGUCGUACACCAACCUCAUGCGCUGGAACCUGAACGACCCUCUGACGACGGUCAACGACACCUUCGGUCUAGGCAUCGAAAUUACUGGCUACGGCAACCUGACCAACGUUGCGCAGCCUUUCGAGGCUGACAACAUCAUCAUCCUGUACGACGGUGUCUGCGCCUCAACUUGCACUAUCGCCUCCGAGUUCCUUCGCAUCCACGGUGGCGUCAAGUCAAUCGCCAUGGGCGGUCGCCCCAAGGAAGGCGGAAUUGAGGGUGUCGGUGGCAUCAAGGGCUCCCAGGUCCUCGACUGGAGCUCUAUCUACGGCUUCUCCACCGACCUCCUCCCCUACGCCACCACCGACAAGCAGAAGGCUGCUUUCGCCACCUACAGUGAUCUCCCUCUGAACCGCAGCUUGGCCGCUGCUGUCAACGUCCGUGACCAGAUUCUGAGAGACAACGUUGAGGAUGGCAUCCCUGCGCAAUUCGUGAAGGAGAUCGCCGACUGCCGUCUGUACUGGACUUUGCCCAUGGUCAACGACGUCACCGAGGUCUGGAAGGCGGCCGCUAACGCUGCCUUUAACGGCGCCAAGUGUGCCUACGGUGGCAUUGAGAAGAGGGAUGUCAGCGAGAAAGCGGCGGUUAGACGCAGAAACUACCUUGCGGCUGCUGCUCUGCACUCUCGUGGUACUGUAUCUCGCCGCGCCUUGUCACCUACGAAUGAGCGCUCGUGGCAGGACAAGUAUGUGCAGAAGGCUAUUGAGUAG